GCAGCCAUGUCCGGUCGCGGCAAAGGAGGCAAAGGCCUGGGCAAGGGCGGCGCCAAGCGCCACCGCAAGGUGUUGCGUGACAACAUCCAGGGCAUCACCAAGCCCGCCAUCCGCCGCCUGGCCCGCCGCGGCGGCGUCAAGCGCAUCUCCGGCCUCAUCUACGAGGAGACGCGCGGGGUGCUCAAGGUCUUCCUGGAGAACGUGAUCCGUGACGCCGUCACCUAUACGGAGCACGCCAAGCGCAAGACGGUCACGGCCAUGGACGUGGUCUACGCGCUCAAGCGCCAGGGCCGCACGCUCUACGGCUUCGGCGGCUGAGUUUCUGCUUUCUCGGUAGCUUACGUCGUCUAUAAACAAAGGCCCUUUUCAGGGCCGCCCACGAGUUCGUAUAAAAGAGCUGACCUAGCUUUAGCAUUGGUAUUUUAUAAAUUGUAUCCCGAGACGUACUGUCCUGGCUAAAGUGAGGUCCUCUAAUGUACACCAGGGCUAGAAGAACGCUUAGUGGUUGUUAACUUUGCUUUUAACGACCUAUGCAAAACGUUGGAAAACGGAAACAGUAACGCGUUGGGAACCCAGUGUUGAAACCUGGGGCUGCUGGUUGAGGCACCAUUCUUCAUCCCGUCUGGGCUCACUGCCCUGUCAGGCAAGUGAGGCACAUUCUUGGACCAUUCUCAUAAUUCCAACCUCUUAGGAACACAGUGUCCAUCAUCUUCAAGCCUGGCAGUGACUGGAAUUGGUUAGCAACAAAUGGAAAUCUGUUAGGUCAUGUUCCAUUUAGGGCACAUUUUUUCCAAAAGGCCUAAUCAUACAAAUGUCAAGAGAGGACCUAGUGAGCCAUGGAGAAUAUGCUGGAAUGUCAAGUCACACAAUGCAUAGUUUUGUACCAGGCUUUGUUUAGUAACACCUGAAACCAAGGUCCCAAAUAAAUGAACAUUAGUAUAAGUAUAUGACA